AUGGACGCCACCGCCGCCGCCGCCGCCGCCGCCGCCGCUUCAGCCGUUGCCGUUACUUCCCAGCGGUGGCCGAAAAUAGUAGUGCACUCCGAGUCUCCUUUAAGGCCAUGUCUUCGGGUAUUUGAAGGAAUUAACGGCGUCGCCACCAUUUCCUCCUUAAAGUCACAAGCAGGCAAAGAUUCUGUCUCCUACUCCCUCGUGAUCUCCGGAACCGCCUCUCCCCCUACACACUCCAGCCUCGUUAUAGGCAACCCCUUGACAAGUGGUAUAUGGAGUCUGGGCGGUGGACAGCUAGCAGACAAGGGCGGCCACUGGGACAUGGAUUAA